GGGAGCUGCCGGCGCCGCCAUGGUGGAGGCCUGGUACAUGGACGAGUCCCAGGAGGACCAGCGGGCUCCCCACAGGCUGCAGCCUAACCGCGCCGUCAGCCUGGAGCAGCUGCGCCGCCUCGGUGUCGCCUACCGCAGAUUGGAUGCUGAUAACUAUGAGACUGACCCACGUCUGAAAGAGAUUCGGGAAGCAGAAAAUUAUUCUUGGAUGGAUAUAGUAACUAUACAUAAAGACAAGCUGCCAAAUUAUGAAGAAAAGAUAAAAACAUUUUAUGAAGAGCAUUUACACCUAGAUGAUGAAAUUCGUUACAUCUUAGAUGGAUCUGGCUAUUUUGAUGUUCGGGACAAGGAUGACAAAUGGAUCCGGAUUUCCAUGGAGAAAGGAGACAUGAUAACCCUCCCUGCUGGCAUAUAUCACCGAUUUACACUGGAUGAGAAUAACUACGUGAAAGCAAUGAGGCUAUUUGUUGGAGAACCAGUCUGGACAGCAUACAACAGGCCAGCGGAUGAUUUUCCUGCUCGGAAACAGUAUAUGAAGUUUUUGGCUGAAGAAGCACAGUAAUGAUGUCUGAGACCUGACAGGUGGAACAGCCUGAAGCCGAGUAGAAUAAAUGUGAUUGGUGUUCUUUCAACUGAUUACACUACUAGUUGCAUAUACACUUAGAAUCACAGAAUCACAGAAAAAUUUAGGUUGAAAGGUCAUUUGGAGGCCAUCUAGUCCAGUCCUCUUUGAAGCAUGGGGCUAACUUCAAAAUUAGACCAACAGCCUCUUAAGUUUUGAAAACCCCUGGUGCAGGAGACUCCAUGGUCUGUCCAGGCACAGCUUCCAGUGCUCAGCCAGUCCCACAAGCAGGAAGUUUUUUUUAUGGCCAAAUCCCCUGGCACAGCUUACAAUGAUUUUCUUUUGCCGUGGAAAGAAUCUGGCUCUGACUUCUUUGCAGUCCCUUCUCUAGUGGGAAACUGUGGUUAUGUCUCCUCUCAGCCUUUUCGUCUCCAGACUAGACAAACAAGUGUCCUAAACUGGACUUUGGCAAUCCAAAUUGUUUCUGAAGAUAAACAUGAUUUUCCCUGUUUUUGACUACUGAGGAAUGUCACUUGUAACUAGCUGACAGUUAAACUGCAAUGAUUGACUAUUCCUAGUCCAAUGGCCCAGAAUUUUUCAUCCACUUUGUAGUCAAUAUCCUCAGCCUGACUACAAUGCUACAGUGGGAAGCAGUUGAAAGCCUUGCUGCCAUCCAAUGUUUCCCUCUGCCAUAGAGCCAGUUAUUUCCUCUGAGAGGGCACGUGGCAUGGUCAGGCAGAACAUGCCUCUGGUAAAUUGGUGUUGACCUUAUGUUUCCAAUCUCCUAUUUCAUGUGCCUAGAAUGGCUUCUGUAAUGGCUUGUUAUAGAAUCAUAGAAUCAUUAACGGUGAAAAAGACCACUAAGAUUACCAAAUCCCACCACUGACCCACCACCACCAUGCCCUUCUGUGCCACGUCUACCCUUUUCUUGAACAUCUCCAGGGUCGAUGACUCCACCACCUCCUUGGGCAGCCUCUUCCAAUGCCUCACCACUGAGAAGAAAUGUUUCCUAACAUCCAACCUCUACUGACCUUUGAGGCUGCUAUCUGUCAUCCUAUCACCAGUUACCUGGGAGAAGAGACCAAUUCCCACCUCACUACAACCUCCUUUCAGGUACUUGUAGAAAGUGAUAAGGUUUCCCCUGAGCCUCCUCCAGACUAUUAUUCCGUAGUUUGCCUGGGGACAGAAGUAAGGCUGGCCAGCCUCUAGUCCCCCAUAUCCUAUUACUCUCCUUUUUGAAAGUGGCAGUAACAGUUGCCUUUUUCUGGCCAAAAUGAUCUCUGUGAUCUCUAAGACCUUUCAGAGAUGCCUUGCAGUGCCAUUAGCAAUCUACAUUUACGGUUGCUCAGGAAUCCAUUUUCUGACCUUUUUUCUUGAUGUUUUUGGCAAGUAGACCUGGGAGAGGUGGGCUACAUUAAUAUUCAUUCUGCUCUGAAUCAGUGCUAAUGAACUACGUAGGAUUCUGUUUUUAAUUAAAGAGAAUAAGCCCUACUUCAUUCUUGUCUAAAAAUGUUCAUAAGAUAAAUUUACAUAAUCAGCAUUUUAGCAUGCAGCCUCCCUCAUUCUGGCCUGGUACAUAAAGCUUUGGUUUUCUCUCAGCAAAAUGUAGCAGUUUUCUCCUGUGAUUUAUUAAUAAAAUUAAUUUGACUUUGGGGUA